AUGUCUACAAAUAAUAUUAUUACUUGCACUGCCGCCGUCGCUUGGGAACCCUCCAAGGACUUACAGCUAGAAACAAUCCAAGUACUCCCACCUGGCCCAGAUGAAGUAAGAAUGAAAGUUGAUUUCACUGGUGUUUGCCACACAGACGCGUACACUCUCGCUGGCCAUGACAGUGAAGGCAAAUUCCCGUCGAUCCUCGGCCAUGAGGGUGCCGGUGUCGUCGAGAGUGUUGGUGACGGCGUCACCGAUGUAAAGCCCGGUGACCACGUUAUUCCUCUCUACACUGCAGAGUGUAAGGAGUGUAAGUUCUGCAAGUCCGGUAGAACCAACCUCUGCCAAAGAGUGAGAGCCACUCAAGGCCAAGGUGUUAUGCCCGAUGGCACCGUUCGCUUUAAAUGCCGUGGUCAAGACGUUUACCAUUUCAUGGGUUGCUCUACUUUCAGUCAAUACACCGUCGUUAGCAAGCACUCUGUCGUUGCUGUCGAUAAGAGCGCUCCCGCUGAAAAAUCUUGUUUGCUCGGUUGCGGUAUCACCACUGGCUAUGGGGCUGCUACGAAGCAAUCACACAUUAAAGGCGCUAACGUGGCCAUCUUCGGUGUCGGUUGCGUUGGUCUUGCUGCCGUACAAGGCGCUAAAGCUGCUGGCGCUGCGCGUAUUAUCGCUGUCGAUACCAACAAUAAGAAGAAGGAGUUCGCUGAUAAACACGGUGCAACUGACUUUAUUAACCCAUUAGAAAUACACGAUAAAACCAUUCAACAACAUUUGGUUGAAAUCACUGACGGUGGACUGGACUACACCUUCGAUUGCACUGGUAACGUCGGCGUAAUGAGAUCUGCCCUUGAAGCGUGUCACAAGGGAUGGGGUGAGAGUAUCAUUAUCGGUGUCGCAGCCGCUGGAAAGGAAAUUUCUACUAGGCCUUUCCAACUCGUUACAGGGAGAGUGUGGAAGGGCUCUGCUUUCGGUGGUGUUAAAGGUAGAUCUGAACUCCCUGGUAUCGUAUUAGACUACCUCAAUAAGAAGCUGGACGUAGACUCUUUCCACACUCAUUCAAGAUCUUUGGCUGAAAUCAAUGAGGCGUUCCAUGAUAUGCACGGAGAUGUCUUGUACGUUGAUUUAUGA